AUGAGUGGUGGACUUCUAUUGGGUUGGAUGAAGGAUAUGACCUUGAAUAUCCUGUACAGUUCAAAGCACAUUUUACAUGCAGAUCUAGUUGACAAGAAAGGUACACCUCUAUCCAUCUCUUUUGUUUAUGGACAUCCUAAUCUUGCUAAGAGAGAGAGAGAGGAAGUUUGGACUGAAUUAAGAAAUCUUAAAAAUCUUGCUCAAAAACAUUGGGUUUGCAUUGGGGAUUUUAACCAAAUCCUAUCUCAAGAGGAUAAGUUUAGUUUUAGUCACAGGAAAAUAGAGGGUGCAGAAGCUUUUAAUCAAACCUUGUUUGAGUUGGGUCUGUGUCAGCUCAAAGCAACUGGACAAAACUUCACAUGGAUGAAUGGCCAUGGUGAUGAAACUUUUGUUAUGGAAAGGCUUGAUAGAGCCUUGGCCACUGUGGAUUGGAUCAAUUCUAACCCACUUUAUGUGCUUAGAAAUCUUCCCAUUAUUAGAUCUGACCAUAGUCCUAUUAUCUUAGACUCUGAAUUUCAACAUCCCUUUAGGAAAAUACCCUUUAGGUUCGAAAAAAUGUGGUUAGCCCAUGAAGGAUGUAAAGCUUUGAUACAAAACUCUUGGAGUCUUAAUUCACAUGGAUCUAAAGCCUUUCAAUUCCAACAAAAACUUAAGCAUGUAAAAAAUGAACUUUCUUCUUGGAAUAGAAAUGUGUUUGGGAAAGUGGACAUACAGAUUAGAGAAAAACAAAAAAAAUUUCAAGAGCUCCAAGGAUCAAUUAAGAUUGUCUCUGAUCUCAAGGUGGAGGGAAAGCUUAAGGAGGAUAUUGAGAACUUAAUGGAGAAGGAGGAAAUUAUGUGGGCACAAAAGGCUAGGAGCUCUUGGAUUAUACAGGGUGAUAGGAAUACAUCAUAUUUUCAGACUUUGGUUAGGCAUAGGAGAGUUAGAAACAUAAUUCUACAAGUUAGAACUCUUGAAGGACAGUUGUUGGAAGAGCUAGGAGACAUUGAGAAUCAUUUUGUGGAAUUUUUUUUUAAAUCAUUUUUGUGA